AUGAGGCCGGCGCCAUGCGCCGUGCAUUUCCAAGCUCCCGGCGGCCACGUGCAGGUUAGGCCAAUGCUGCCUCUCCAAGGCUACACCGUGGCACACGCAGGCGGUCCAGUGGUCGCGCACACUCCGCCCGGCUUCUCCCCUGGUGUGCACCACUCGCCUGUUUCUCAUCAGUCGGACCGGCACGUCACCUUCCACCAAGCCAUGCCUGCCACGUUUCACCCGCCCGGAGUAGUGCACCACAUGCCGCCAACAAUGCCUGCUGUGGCAAUGCCAGGUCAGCCCGUGGCGAUGUUGCCGGGCCAAGUGAUGCAGCCGAAGGCCGUCCAGCGGGUCGCCAGUGGACCGGUGCCAAUGCAUUCGAUCAGCCUCAUGAAGGCUGCUACGCAUGCGGCAAUGGUCAGCCCAAGGCUGAUGCACUUGAAGAAGUCCAAGGAGGAGGAUGAAAGUCCCAUGAUGAGAAAAGCGAAGAGCGAGCAGGCUCCGCAGAUCACCGGCAUCAUCAAGAAGUUUGAGCAGGCGAUGAGUCAGCAGUCCGAGUCCACUCGAUCCAGUUCCCUGAUGGAGCUGGAGGGGUCCGGGCAUCUCGGGGACUUGAGUCAUUUGCAAAGAGGCCGAAGUUCACCGGUUGUAAGGCAAUCCUCCAGCGUCAGCAGCCUUCGCUUCGGCGGCAUACUGAGCCGAGCGAGCACUGUCAACUCUAUGCCUCUCACCGUGAGGAGCCCCAAGUCUUUCAAGGAGGUCGUGAGGCAGACGUCGCAGCCAAGCUUGAAGGCGCAGGCCUUGGCGAGCACCGGAGGUUCUCCGAGAUCGCCAAGAUCCCCGUCGCCGAGGUCGAGAGCGAAGCAAGGUGUGACGCGCAGUGCGAGUGCCAACAUUGGGCUGCUCGAGGGCCGUUUCGGUCGCAGCGGCGUGUUGUCUCCGCGCUUGUCGCCACAGGGCUCUGAGAACCUGGAGGAUACCAUCCAGUCAAUGCGAUCCCUCGGGGAGUCGACUGCAGAAUUAGCAAACUCCUUGGAAGAGUACAAAAAUGCAUCACAACGGGUGCGGACGCUUCAAAAUCAGAUGGUGCGUGUUGCAACGGACUCGCCACAAGUUCAAUCGGUACCCGAAGACGAUGCGCUUGAGGACGACGAGGACUUUGAAGCCUCCGAAGUAGAGGUUGUGAAAGUGCGAUCUCUGAGAGAAUCCACAAGGCUCGCAAGCAAGCGCAUUCUACCUCUCGGUGGCAUCGGAGUGGACAGUGAUGGCGAGGAUUCGCCGAUGGCAGAUGGCGGCUUGAAGGUGGUGGAGACCGGCGUCAUAACCAAUGAAGGCCGACCAACAUCGCCCCAUGCCACGCAGUUCAGCUAG